AUGGCUAGCAACCGGAUCCUGGUUAUAGCCGGCUCGGACAGCUCUGGCGGAGCUGGCCUCGAGGCCGAUCAGAAAGUAAUUGCCGCUCAUGGCUGCUAUGCCAUGACGGCCACGACCGCCCUCACGGCACAGAAUACGCAGGGCGUCUACGACAUCCAUCAAAUCCCCUCGUCAUUCGUCCGCAAGCAGAUCGACGCGUGCAUUGAGGACAUUGGCGUUGAUGUCGUCAAGACAGGAAUGUUGGCGUCGGCGUCGACGAUCGAAGUUGUUGCCGAUGCGUUGAAGAGACACAACGUCCCCAUGUGCAUCGUCGACCCUGUCAUGGUCUCCACGAGCGGGGCUCAGCUGCUGCCCGAAGAUGCCGUGGAGAUCCUAAUCACGCAACUGCUACCCGUCACCACGCUGCUGACGCCGAACCUUCCGGAGGCUCAGCUCAUUCUCAAAAGUGCCGGCAAUCAAGUCGGCGAGCCGCAAAGUGUCGACGACAUCGUGGCCAUGGCGAAGGCCGUGCGCGAGCUUGGUCCGAAGUACGUCCUGCUCAAAGGUGGCCAUGUGCCCUUGACGAAAGAUAGGGUAGUGUCCACGAGUGAGGUGGACCGCCAUAUUGUUCUGAAUGUGCUUGUCGGUGGAGAGGAGGACGUCAUAUUUGAAACGGCAUACCUGAAGUCGAAAAACACCCAUGGCACAGGAUGCUCGCUGGCUUCGGCAAUUGCGUCGAGAUUGGCUUCUGGUAUGACUAUCGAGCAGGCUGUGAAAACAGCCAACUACUACAUUGAAGCUGGCAUCCGUACCAGUAAAGACCUCGGCAAAGGUAGUGGGCCUAUCAACCAUUUUCAUUCGAUGUACUCGCUACCAUUUGCGCCCGGCCGCUUUCUCGAAUACGUCCUCGACAGAGAGGAUGUCAAGGAUCCGUGGCAGAAGCACACGCAUCAUUCGUUCGUGCAAGGACUCUCCGACGGAACUUUGCCUGUUAGGAAGUUCAAGAACUAUCUCGUUCAAGAUUACCUCUUCUUGAUUCAGUUCUCAAGAGCAAAUGCGCUUGCUGCGUACAAGGCGAAGAAUCUCGCCGACAUCACCAAGUCGGCCAGAAUAGUCCAGCACAUUCAAGAGGAGAUGGGGUUGCACAUCAAGUACUGUGAAAGCUUCGGUCUGACAAAGGAGCAGAUCGAAAGCCACAAGGAGCACCCAGCGUGCACUGCGUACACUAGAUACGUGCUUGACGUCGGACAGUCCGAGGACUGGUUCGGCUUGCAGAUAGCGCUUAUGCCGUGCUUGAUCGGGUAUGGCCAGAUUGCGAGAAGGCUGUAUGACGACCCGAAGACCAAGCGCGAAGGCAACACGUACUGGAACUGGGUGGAGCAGUAUGUCGCAGAGGACUACACAGACGCGGUCAAGGCCGGGCUGGAGAUCAUCGAGCAAAACGCAGUGCUGCAGUCACCGAGCAGGAUAGAGCAGCUCGUGCAGAUUUUCAUCCACGCGACGAAGAUGGAGACGGGCUUCUGGGACAUGGGUUCUUUGUAG